UGUGCGGUUUGGCAACUCCAGAGGAAAAGACACUGAUAAGGGAUUUAACAGGCUGGGGAUUCGAUCACUUGACAAACCGACAUUAAAAAGGGAAAACGGGAACACACAAGCAAAUACAAAUCGCUCUUUGAGGCAGCAGAAGCAGCAUCAGUGGGAGAUACAUAAGGGCAGGCACCAAGACAGACAAACUAGUUUCUCAGAGCUUUUUCAGAAUUAGCCCACAUAUUAGAGGAAGGAAUUGUGUGGCUACUCUUGCACCUCAGGGCCUUUUUAAGUGGACAAACCACAGCAGGAUCUGGAGAACUGAUGACUGACAGAGGGGAAGUUUAACAUACAGAUAUUGUAGCCAUUGAAAUUAGCGGUUAAAUGGAAGCCAGAAGUGAGCAGCCUUUUCAGGAGGUGGGAAUAUAAAGAAGAAAAGAGGACACAGAGGAGUUUGUUCAGAUCAUCUCCCUAGAGGUCCUGAAAUUUCUCACAGGCCUUCAACCAAUUGGACAAAAGAGAGCGUGCUGACAAGAAGUAUUCAAGGUCAUCCUGACUUUUCUUUUUUCAGAGGUAAUCUCCAGCUUCUAACUUCUAGUAGCCUUGUUAUUAAACUGGACACCUUUGGUUCUGCAUCAAAGCCUCUGCAAUAAGAGGUGCAUGUUUUAAAGCCUCUUUAGCCUCCUCCAUUUGGCUUGUGGGUGUCUGGGUUGCUGUGACAGGUUACGUCUGGCUUCGAGACACAACCACUCUCUACUGUGCAGCUGGAAGAUCAAGAGUUUCUAUUGCACAUACCUGCACUGAGAGGACUGAGUGUGUGUGGUCUGAGGGACUCUGCUGGUCUGGGAAACGGAGUCAAAGAGGCAGCCAGCUCUUUCUGUCAGCAGGAAAAGGAGACAAGUUCAUAACUGCUGAGUGCUUCUCAGAGAAAGCGGGCAGAGUCAAGGGAUGAUGAUGAAGACGAAACGGACACUCUGCAGAAUCUCCUGCUUGGUGACUCUGGUGGUGGAGCUGAGCUGGAUAAACGUGGGCCACAGCAUGCACAGAGAGGGUACAAGUAGGGUAAUGAAGCAGUGGGAAAGGAAGGUGCGGUCAGCAUCCAGCCUGGAUGAGCUGCUGAGGCUCACAGAUUUUCCUGACUGGAAGUUGUGGAAGUGUCGACUGAGACUGCAGCAGCCAGAGACCCUUUCUCCUCCACCUUCAGUGGGCUCACACCGCUCUACACGCUACGCUGCAGAAUCUUACAGCCUGGAGAUUCUUAAAGCCAUAGAUGAAGAGUGGCAGCGGACUCAGUGCAUGCCAAGGGAAACAUGUAUCGACGUGGCCAAGGAGCUUGGCACAGACCCUUCAAUGUUCUUCAAGCCACCUUGUGUGUCCGUCCACAGGUGCAGUGGCUGCUGCAAUCAAGAGGGGAUCACAUGCAGAAACACAACUACUGUUUAUGUGAAUAAAACUGUUCUUAGUGUCAUCCCAUUCAAGUUUGUACCAGAACCUGUGCUAAUAAAAGUGGCUAAUCAUACAGAGUGCGGGUGCAUGGAGCCUGCCAUAAUACGACGUAAUGCUCAACCUUACAGCAGCAGCGGCUGCUCUCCGACGGGCCAGCUGUCUGAGGCAGAUGACUUCAGGAGACUUUGUGCCAAUGGGUUGAUUUGGGAUUGUUCAACUGACAGAUGCAUACCUUACCCUUCCAGUACACCAGACUUACCACUCAGUGCAUGGAUGCCAGACUGUGAGAUAGACGUGGAGCGCUGUGACUGUCCUCCUAGACCUGUGCCAACUCUCCAACCAAGACCAGCCCAUCGCUGUCAACUCAACACUUCCAUCUGUGCCUACAAGCAUCAACAUUUCGAUAAAGCCUCCUGCAGUUUAUUAUUAAACAGGUGCUGGGAAAUAGGAAAAGGGAGAGGAAGAAAAAUAAGAGGAUCCAGUAUAAGAUGCAAAUAGCCCAAGUAGAAGUCCAGGGGGGAAUACAUUAGGACAACCUGCUCGCCAAGUAUGUUUGGAGGCAGAGAAAAAAGGCUUAUAAUUUAUUUACAGUCCUAUUUAUGCUGAUCACUUUAACUAAUUAAGAUAAUAUUAACUCACAUGACCAUGUUCAUUGAUUUCUUUAACAAGCCUACUUUAUGUUUCAAUCAAUGUAUAAAGUGUAUGAUUUGUACAUGUGUUCUUUGUGCACUGAAUAUGUAGUUUACAUUAAAGGAUUAUUUUUAUAAUUUGAA